CCUCCCUCGCACCGUGUCGGGCUUGCAGUCUGUCGGGCGCUGGCUCAGUCCCGGCUGCAAGCCGCUGUCGCUCCCCGGCCGCGGCAUGACACCGCCUCCGCCCGGUUGCGCCGCCCUCGGCGCCCCGCACUCCCGCGCCUCGCCGGCUCGCUCCGAGCUCCCGCUGCGGCGGCUGCUGCUGCUGCUCUGGGCGGCCGCCGCCACCCAAGGCCACCCGAGGAGCGGACCCCGCAUCUCCGCCGUCUGGAAAGGCCGAGCAGGACAGGACCGGGUUGACUAUGGCCUGGCUGAGCCGCACACAGUGCUCUUCCACGAACCGGGCAGCUCCACUGUGUGGGUGGGUGGACGUAGCAAGCUCUACCUCUUCGACUUUCCUGAGGGCAAGAAUGCCUCUGUGCGCACGGUGAAUGUUGGCUCCACCAAAGAAUCCUGCCCGGACAAGCAGGACUGUGAGAACUACAUCACGCUCCUGGAGAGGCAGGAGGAGGGGCUGCUGGUCUGCGGGACCAAUGCCCGGAGCCCCAGCUGCUGGAAACUGGUGAAUGGCACCCUGGAGUCACUUGGUGAGAAGAAAGGCUAUGCCCCCUUCAGCCCGGAUGAGAACUCCCUGGUUCUCUUUGAUGGGGAGGAGGUGUAUUCCACAAUCCGGAAGCAUGAAUACAAUGGGAAGAUCCCCCGCUUCCGCCGCAUCCAGGGAGAGAUUGAACUGUACACCAGUGACACUGUCAUGCAGAACCCUCAGUUCAUCAAGGCCACCAUUGUGCACCAAGACCAAUCCUACGAUGACAAGAUCUACUACUUCUUCCGGGAGGACAACCCUGACAAGAAUCCCGAGGCCCCUCUCAAUGUGUCACGAGUGGCCCAGCUGUGCAGGGGAGACCAGGGUGGCGAGAGCUCGCUGUCGGUCUCCAAGUGGAACACCUUUCUGAAAGCCAUGCUGGUGUGCAGUGAUGCCACCACCAACAAGAACUUCAACAGGCUGCAGGACGUCUUUCUGCUCCCCAACCCCAAUGGCCAGUGGAGGGACACCAGGGUCUAUGGUGUUUUUUCCAACCCCUGGAACUACUCAGCCGUCUGCGUGUACUCCCUCGGUGACAUCGACCAGGUCUUCCGCACCUCCUCCCUCAAGGGCUACCACUCGAGCCUUCCCAACCCGCGGCCUGGUCAGUGCCUCCCAAACCGGCAGCCAAUACCCACAGAGACCUUCCAGGUGGCCGACAGUCACCCAGAGGUGGCCCAAAGGGUGGAGCCCUUGGGGCCUCUGAAGACACCACUGUUCCACUCCAAAUACCAUUACCAGAAAGUGGUUGUCCAUCGCAUGCAAGCCAGCAAUGGGGAGACCUUCCGUGUGCUCUACCUAACCACAGACAGGGGCACCAUCCACAAGGUGGUGGAGUCAGGGGAGGGAGAACGCAGCCUCGUCUUCAACAUCAUGGAGAUCCAGCCGUUCCGCCGCGCGGCCGCCAUCCAGGCCAUAUCGCUGGACGCUGACCGGCGGAAGCUAUACGUGAGCUCCCAGUGGGAAGUGAGCCAGGUGCCUCUGGACUUGUGUGAGGUCUAUGGUGGGGGCUGCCAUGGCUGCCUCAUGGCCCGAGACCCCUACUGUGGCUGGGACCAGGGCCAUUGUGUCUCCAUCUACAGCUCCCAAGGCUCCAAGUCAGUGCUGCAGUCCAUUAAUCCAGCAGAGCCACACAAAGAGUGCCCCAAUGCAAAGCCAGACGCGGCACCCCUGCAGAAGGUUUCCCUGGCCAGGAACUCCCGCUACUACCUGAGCUGCCCCAUGGAGUCCCGCCAUGCCACCUACUCAUGGCGUCAUGAGGAGAAUGUGGAACAGAGCUGUGAGCCUGGCCACCAGAGCCCCAACUGCAUUCUGUUCAUCGAGAACCUCACGGCUCGGCAGUACGGCCACUACCGGUGUGAGGCUCAGGAAGGCUCCUACCUCCGAGAGGCCCAGCACUGGGAGUUGCUGCCUGAGGACAGCGCCCUGGCCGAGCACCUGCUGGGCCAUGCCUGUACCCUGGCCACCUCUCCCUGGCUGGGUGUUCUGUCCACGCUUGUGCUCAGCUUGCUGGUCCACUAGGGCCUCCAGGGUGUGGCCUGCCACAGGGGCACAAGAAUAGUCUCACAGUCAGCGCCUGCCACGCCACGAACUCCUUGCCCACCACUUCUCCCAGGGGGACUGCGGAACGUGACGGGGGACACCAGGCUGAGAGCUGGCCAGCCGCGGGCGGCUGCUGGGCCCCACGGGGUGGGGGCAGUGGGGAUCAGAGGAUGAAGGCCCUGUCUGUGAAGCUGGGGCAUUCAUGACCCAAGACUUUAUCUUUGGAGACUAUUUUUCAGAAAUUCCUCAAACUUGACAAAGUGAGUGAUGCUCUCAGCUCAAGAGCCCAUGGGCCAGAGAGUGGGGUUUGGAAAAGGGAGCUGGGACCCCCAUCUCUGGACCUGGGGACCGGGCCCUGAGUCCUCUGGACUCUGUGCCCAAAUUGCCCCUCAGCCUCCCACCUGCCAGGACGGGGGUGGCUGGUGCUCCUGAGGUCCCGGGCUGCCCUCUGCAGCCGCUCACCAGCACUGGCCCCGCUAGGCAGCCGCCUUGCAUGUUUAUUGAAGGAUGUUUGCUUUCCGGACAGGACGGAAAAAGCUCUAUUUUUAUGUUAGGCUUAUUUCAUGUAUAGCUACUUCCGACUGCAUCUGUAUGAAAAUACCAAAACUACAUGCUGGGGUGGGGUGGGAGAGGGAGGGGCUGGGGAAGGGAUAGGGUGUGGGGGUUCCCAGUCUGAGGCUCCCAGGGAUGGGAUAAGAGUCCAGGGACAGAUAUGGGUUUGAGGAGAGUGGCAUGAGCUGGCUCUGCCCAGGGAGCCCAGUCUGAGGGGGUGGGGGGGGGACCGAUCUGGGAGGGGGUGGGAUGAAGGGGUCAGGGGAAAAUGAAAGAGGAAACUGAGCCCUAGGUUCACCACAUUCAUUUUGAAGGAGGAGCCGGGUCCUCAGGGGGAGGUUCCAGGACUCUGCCCUUGGCAUUGGGGGUUGGGGGGCGGGGGGGGCUCCUCCCCUCCCCUCAGCCCCCUUCCCCAGGGGCUGUGCUUCCAUGCUCCUAGCCUCCCACCUUCAGCUCAGGACAUGUUAUAACUUAGGCUAAACUGUGAAUUCCGGUGGGGACAGCCUGGGCCACACACCCCAUGUGGUGGCUCUGCCCCCAGCCUGCCCAAGGAUUUCAACAGAGAGCUGGGCCCUUCUUUGGCCGAGUCUGGCCAACAGGGUCUGGGGCCGAUGACCUUCCAGCUUUGGCCUCUGCAUCUCUUCUCAAUGCACUUUAAUAAUGUAACAUUAUUACUAAUAAACAAGCUAUUUAUUUA